ACAUGUUUGUUUUUGCACUGCGCUGGGACCUAUCCUGAAUUUUUCCUUUGUAAAGCUGCUUGACAGUUUUGUUGGCAUCUCAUGCCUUAAGUUCCUUGCACUCUGAAUUUGGACUACUCGGGCCUGGGUUCUCAUCUGAAAUUUGCCACUGACCCCUGGUGAAAACUCAGGCCUGUGCUCGAAGUUGAAAUUGCACAAAGCACAGCUCAAAUCUGCAGCAGAAGUAAAGUGAACUCAAGCGAGCGUGCAUGGCUCAGGUGUCAGAAAGGUGUAUGGACUCCUGAAGUGGAAGAGGUGGUGCAGAGGGGGCACCGCCCAUGCUGCCCUGCUUCCAGCUGCUGCGCAUAGGGGGAGGCAGAGGUGGUGAUCUCUACACCUUCCACCCUAGCGGGGCUGGCUGCACCUACCGCUUGGGCCGGCAGGCUGACCUGUGUGAUGUGGCCCUGCAGCCGCAGCAGGAGCCCAGCCUCAUCUCUGGAGUCCACGCAGAGCUGCACGCUGAGCGCAGGGGUGAUGACUGGAGGGUCAGCCUGGAGGACCAUAGCAGCCAAGGGACUCUGGUCAAUGAUGUCCGACUCCCAAGAGGUCACAGGCUGGAGUUGAGUGAUGGGGACCUUGUGACUUUUGGUCCUGAAGGGCCCCCAGGAACCAGCCCUUCGGAGUUCUACUUCAUGUUUCAGCAAGUCCGAGUCAAACCUCAAGACUUCGCAGCCAUUACCAUCCCGCGGUCUAGUGAAGAGGGAACCAAGGCUGGCUUCUGGCCUAUGCUCCCCCCACAGGGGGCCCCACAGCGCCCCCUCAGCACUCUUUCCCCUGCCCCCAAAGCCACACUGAUCCUCAAUUCCAUCGGUAGUCUCAGCAAGCUCAGACCUCUGCCCCUGACCUUCUCCCGGAGCGGGGGUGAGCCACAGAGCCUGCCUAUUCCCACUCCUUCUGCCCCACCCCCAAGAAAUCGGAGGAAAUCCGCUCACCGAGUGUUGGCAGAGCUGGAUGAUGAGGGAAAGACUCCUGAGAGCCCCCCACCAGUCUUUAUGGAGCCCAGGAAGAAACUCCGUGUAGAGACAACCCCACAGACACCUGGUGGAAAUAGGCGUGGACGACCUCGGAAGCACCCAGUGAGCUCUCCCAGGGCUCCCCCAGCAGAUGGGAGUGGGGAGCCCUGUGCAGCCCCUUGUUGCUACCUACCAGAAGAAGAAACAGUUGCCUGGGUUCAGUGUGACGGUUGUGACCUGUGGUUCCAUGUGGCCUGUGUUGGCUACAGCAUCCAGGCUGCCAGGGAGGCUGACUUCCGGUGCCCAGGGUGUCGUAUAGGCAUCCAGACCUAAGGCCCACCACCAAGGCACCAGAGGACAGAAAGCUGCCACCUCCAUGCCAUAGGUGGACACGGUGGGGCACCGAUGGAUCCUAAGAAAUGCCCCCUUCUUCCUUUGCCUCUCCAGUGGGGGAUGACUACAGGGAAGUGUCCAUUGCUAUGGAUAUUGACUCAAGGCCUGAAGCAGGCCCUGACGGCCAAGGUGACAGAAGAGAUUGUUUCCUGCCAAAGAAACUGCUGCCUCCAGGAAGCUGCCAGCAAGCUGAAUAUUCUGUUACAAGCUACAGGUCCAUGUCAUGGGUACUAGAAUGUCUGUGGUCGGAGCACCCAUUAAUUAUAGAAUCCCUGGGUAGAUACAAGCCUCGGGUCUUGGAACGAACAUGUUCUUGGAUGGCCUCAAUUAUAGAAUCCCUGGGUAGAUACAAGCCUCGGGUCUUGGAACGAACAUGUUCUUGGAUGGCAUCACUAAGGCCUUCUGGGGAAACCUAAGGCACGGCCUCAAAACUUUUACAUUUUGAGUCAACCACUGGCACUGACCACGAUCAUGACUUGGCUUUUCAGAGCUUUGCUUCUAUUUCCAAAUAAAGAAUAAGCAACUUCA